UUUGAACCUUUUUUGAAUGAAUCCAGCCUUUUAUAUUGCAGUAGAACGAAGUUUUCAAAAUGCGGCGAUCUCGGUCAAUAUGUACAUAAUGAGCAAGACAACAGUCUCUGGCAUCACAUCUCACCCAAGCAGCAGUUAGGGCUGACAGGAGUCAUCGAAAAGCAUCAAGUAUCGCCCAAUGACACCCGGCUCUACUGAUGACAUGUUGGCAACUCUACAGAAACUUCGGUACAGCCAGGAAUGCUAAUUUGGGGCCGCCCCCAACUCUCACCGUCGCACGCGAGCUUCCAUUUGCUCUACCACAACAUGACUACGACCGUGUUUUCAACGCAGCCGCCCUCCUCUCACAUCAUAUUGGAGGGGAGUGGACAUAUCCAAUGCUACGCAUCACUUCGCCUCCACUCAUGGAGGCAGGCUGUGUACAUCAUGCCCCCUUUCGCCCCAACCAUAUGUUCUUAUGCAGGAACCAAAUUACCCCCCUAUGUCAACCCUCCUUCUGUCUCGCCGUGGGCAACAACAUCAUGGCAUCACGCUCCUUUUCCUCCCAGUCCCUCCUCACCGGCUUCCUCUUGACGCUCAUUUCCUCUCCCUUCGCGACCGCCGAGCUCACUCUUGCUUCCAAUCCCCAAACUACAUCCGCCCCCGUCGAAACCGUCUCCCUCAUCGAUGCCAGCGGCAUUCCUAUCACCACCGCCAACGACCCCGCCGACAAUGCUUGGGUCAUCCCCUUGACUGGACCAGCCAGCACUCCCACCGGCGCUGCAUGGGGCGCGCAAAUCCAAUACAACAACGACCUGGCUGGAGUCCUCCCCGUCGCAUUUGGAACACCCACCACCACCGCCAAGCCAACCGCAACAGCGACAGGAAAGGCGACAUCAACAACAACAGCAACAUUUGUGUCCGCCGGCUCACCCGGCCAAAAGACCGAGACUCUCGAUCUCGAAAUUGCGUUCAGCAACACACUCCUCCUAUCUCAAGACACAAGUCUAAACAUAACCUCCACCACAAACAAAACCAACUCAACAACCAUCCCCUCCCUCCCCGUCGGCCUGAACCUCGGCCUCCAAAACAAAUGGAACGGCUCCAUCGUACUUGGAGGCAACUACGACUCUAACCGCAUCUACGACGAACCACACUGGCAAACCACCCCGGAAACCAGCGCCGGCAACACCAGCUUCAUCGACACAGGCAUGCUAGAUAUCAGUGCCGUCAUACUUCAACUUUACACUACCCCCAACGCUACAACCAGCAGCGAAGACGCAGAAUACCCAUUCGGUGGUACCAGCGUGCAGGAAACGAGUAAAACGCUCCCCGCCAUGCUGGACUUUAAUUCUGAGGUCUUGUCCGUGCCGGAUGAAUCCUGGUGCGCACGGAACAUCUCGAUCGUGUUCAAUCCGGAUAGCGAGUCGUAUCCGAUAUUUGAUAUCCCAGUUUGGGACGAGCUGGUUCCCAAAGAGAGGUGUCAGGUGAGCAGUGGGAAGGUCGUGCUCGGAAGGCCGUUCUUCCAGGCGGCGUAUGUUUAUGUGAAUUCGGCAGGCGAUAUGUAUUUCAGUUCGAUUACUACGGAUGAUGCGGAUGUUGCGACUAAGCCGUUUGAUUUGCAUGUACAGCUUUCAGAAGCGGUUAAUGGCACUGAGAGUUAUGGGGGAGAGAAUGGAACGGCGACGGGGUCGGGAAGUGAUGCGACGGGGACGUCGGGAGCGGGAAGGUUGGGUGUUGAGGGUCUUUGGGGGGUGGUCGUGGGGCUGGGGUUGUUAUUUUUGAUGUGA